AGGAGCCGCGCGCAAACAGCGCUCUUGGAGUCAGUUCGAGGAAGUAGUGCGAUGCGCCUGAGUCACGUUGUGUGAAACAGAAACGGGCAUCACCCCUGGCUAUUGUGAACAAGAGAGGGCGCCGACCUUUGUACAGUAGCCCGUCGAUCGAGUCCGAAAGAUGUGCCCUUUCUCGCCCCAGGAGCUGAAAUAUCCAGCGUGCAGAGACAAAACUUCCAGCGCGUAGAGACGGGUGCGCUGGCAUAAGGACACCGACGGAUCCGUGAUAAGCGGACCCUUCGCGACGGCUCAUAUGGCGGAGCUCGGAGAGGAGAACGGCGGAGCGUCCUCGCCGAUUGCUGGAAAGAAGAAACCAGCCAUCCAGGGAGACGUGGCGGGGGGAAACGGAGUCUCGAACGGGGAGUGCGCGCUAGCGGAAAAGACCGGACCCGGGUCCACGACUCCCGACAGCGCAGGAGUGGACACUGCCAGCGCUGUCGGACAGGAUGCCACUUCGGGAUUACCUCGAAAAGCAAGCAUUAUCAAGGACGGGACGCGGCAGCGACGGGAGCGGAAGAAGACGGUGUCGUUCAGCAGCAUGCCGGCAGAGCGUCGGAUCAGCAGGGCGGGGGACUGCAUCGCCGCCCUGGUGGAGGGCAGCGAGCUGCGCAAGGUGCGCUCCAACGCCCGCGUCUACCACCGCUACUUCCUGCUGGACUCGGACCUGCGCUCGCUGCGCUGGGAGCCCUCCAAGAAGGAGACGGGCAAGGCCUGCAUCGCCGUGGCGACCAUCCGCGAGGUGCGCGCGGGCCGCAACACCGCCGCCUUCCGCGCGGCCGCCGUGCACGAGCAGGUGUCGGAGGACUGCGCCUUCUCGGUGAUCCACGGCGACGGGUUCGAGACGCUGGACCUGGUGGCGCCCUCGGCCGACGUGGCCAGCGUGUGGGUGACGGGGCUGCGCUACCUGCUGUCGUACGGGGCGCACGCGCUCGACAUGAUCGAGAGCCGCUGCAACGACGGCCUGCGCUCCGCCUGGCUGGCCCAGCUGUUCCGCUCCGCCGUCGCCGAGGGAGACGCUAGCGACCGCGGUGACCGCGGCGACGGCGGUGACCACGGCGACCGGGACGACGAGCGGCUCAGCGUCCCCGCGGCUGUGGAGCUCAUAAGGAGCGUGAGCCCGGGGGUGAAGGCCGCCAGGGCAGAGCUCAAAUUCAAGGAGUUCCACAAGGCCAGGGGCGGGGCGGGGGGCGGGGCCGGGGGCGGAGUCACCCGGGAGGAGUUCGCCGAGGCCUUCCACGACCUCUGCACCCGCCCCGAGAUCUACUUCCUGCUGGUGCAGUUCUCCAGCAACAAGGAGUUCCUGGACACCAAGGACCUGGCGCGCUUCCUGGAGGCGGAGCAGGGCGUGGCGCAGGUGCGUGAGGAGGACGGGCUGCGGGUGGUGCACAGGUACGAGCCGACCCCCGAGGCCCGGCGGAACGGCUGGCUGACGCUGGACGGCUUCACCGCGUACCUCACGUCCCCGGAGUGCCACAUCUACGACCCCGAGCAGAGCCGGGUGUGCCAGGACAUGAGCCAGCCGCUGUCCCACUACUACAUCAACUCCUCCCACAACACCUACCUGAUCGAGGACCAGCUCCGCGGGCCCGCCGACGUCUCGGGGUACGUCCGCGCGCUGAAGAUGGGGUGCCGGAGCGUGGAGCUGGACGUGUGGGACGGGCCCGACGAGGAGCCCGUGGUCUUCACCGGACACACACUCACCUCGCAGGUGGUGUUCCGCAGCGUCGUCGACGUCAUCAACAGGUACGCGUUUGUGGCCUCUGAGUACCCCCUGAUCGUCUGCAUGGAGAAUCACUGCUCUCUGCGGCAGCAGGCCGUCAUGGUCCAGCACCUGCAGAGGAUUCUGGGAGAUCGGCUGUACACGACCCCGCCCAACACCGACGCCGCCUACCUGCCAUCCCCCGAGGAGCUGAAGGGGCGUGUCCUCCUGAAGGCCCAAAAGCUGGGCGUGUCCUGCACGGGUCCGGAGGGGGAGGUGGCCGAGGAGGACGAGGGGGCGGAGCUGUCUCAGCGAGUGGGCAGGGCCAACGGCGAGGCCGCGCCCUCCCCGGGCCCCGCCCACCCCCGGCGGUUCCGCCUCUCCCGCCAGCUCUCGGACCUGGUGUCGCUCUGCCAGUCGGUGCCCUUCCAGAACUUCCCGGCGGCGCGGCGGAGCCAGCGGUUCUGGGAGUUCUGCUCGUUCGACGAGGCGCUGGCGGGGCGCUUCGCCGCCGAGAGGCCCGGCGACUUCGUGGACCUCAACAAGCGCUGCCUGACGCGCGUCCGCCCCAGCCCCGCCCGCGUGGACUCCAGCAACCCCAACCCCCAGGACUUCUGGAAGUGCGGCUGCCAGCUGGUGGCCAUGAACUUCCAGACGCCGGGGCUGAUGAUGGACCUGAACGUGGGCUGGUUCCGGCGGAACGGCGGCUGCGGCUACGUGCUGCGGCCCGCCAUCAUGCGCGAGGAGGUGUCCUUCUUCAGCGCCGAGACGCGGGACUGCGUGCCCGGCGUCUCCCCCCAGCUGCUCCACGUCAAGGUCAUCAGCGGCCUCAACUUCCCCAAGCCGCGCGGCUCGGGGGCCAAGGGCCACGUGGUGGACCCCUACGUGUACGUGGAGAUCCACGGGCUGCCGGCGGACUGCGCCGAGCGCCGCACGCGCACCGUGCGGCAGAACGGCGACAGCCCCGUGUUCGGCGAGAGCUUCGAGUUCCAGAUCCUGCUGCCCGAGCUGGCCAUGGUGCGCUUCGUGGUGCUGGACGACGACUUCAUCGGCGACGAGUUCAUCGGCCAGUACACCAUCCCCUUCGAGUGCCUGCAGCCGGGCUUCCGGCACGUCCCGCUGCUGUCGCUGGCGGGCGACGCCCUGCCGCACGCCUGGCUCUUCGUCCACGUGGCCAUCACCAACCGGCGGGGCGGGGGGAAGCCACACAAGCGCGGGCUGUCGGUGCGCAAGGGCGGGCGGGGCGGGCGCGAGUACGCCAGCAUGCGGGCGCUGCCCGUCAGGGCGCUGGACGACCUGUUCAAGACCGCCGCCCAGCCGCUGGGGGAGGCCACGGACCUGAGAGAGAACAUGCAGAACGCCAUAGUGCCAUUUAAGGAGCUGUGUGGUGUGCCGGCGGUGUCCAACCUGAUGCAGUGUGUGCUGAGCCUGGCGUCCCGGCUGAGGGGGGGCGACGGGACGCCCCUGCUGCUCUUCAACCUGUCCGGCCCGUACCCCACCCUGGAGCCGCAGGGGGCCCUGCCCGAGGUGCUGAGGAAGCUGGUCUCUGCCUAUGACACGAUCAUACAGAGCAGCCAGGCCCUGAUGGAGAGCACAGACGCCAUCUAUCACAGGAUACUGCAGGUGCAGAGAGCAGCGAUGGAGUCCCAUGAGUCUUUGCAGAGCCUGGUGGAGAAGGAGGGGCUGAAGGGACGUAAGGCCAGCCGGGCGGUGGAGAACUUCACCUGGAACAUCACCAUCCUGAAGGGCCAGGCGGACCUGCUGAAGCGAGCCAAGUGCGAGGUCCAGGAGAACCUGAAGCAGAUCCACUACGCUGCGCUCACCAGCAACCUGAGCACGGGCGGGGCCGGGGCAGGGGGCGGGGCCGGAGAGAGGAGCCCGUCCCGCCGCAGCCUGGACGCCGUCCCAGAGAGGACAGCGGGAGAGGGGGCGAGGAGGCCAAAGAGCGGGGAGCACUGAGGACCGCACUGAACACUCCGCACCCCCCCCCAAAAAAAACACAACUGUGGGGAACCUGCAGAGUUGACGGAAGCACCCGGGACCCACGGAGCAGACAGAGAGACGGACAGCGCAGUUACAAACAGACUGAAAGCACAGGGACGCGAUUGGUCGGCAGGAUCAAUCUCAAACGCGAUUGGCAGGUUGCAUCUGUUUUUUGGGGGAAGCACAGAAGCACAAACUACAGGCUAGAGAGGGAGCAACAACACACACAACAAACACAACCAAGACGGACAGCCUGAGCCACAAACUGAUGACUGCUGCAUGUGUGUGUGUGUGUGUGUGUGUGUGAGCGCGUGUGUGAGAGCAAGAACGUGUAUGUGUGUGUGUGUGUUUGCAGCCAAAGUGUGUGCAAUGUUCUUUGAUUCCAUUUGAAUGAUGUUCUGACUUCAGAGAUUAGUUUGAGGGGGGGGGUUCAGAUGAUUGUGGGUCACCCUGAACAGAGGUGUGCGUGACCCCUGACCCCUGACCUCUUUACAGACUGUGCGGUUUGGGGUCACAGGGCAGCUGCAGAGGCAUCUGGGACUUGAAGCAAAAUAAAACCCAAAUCAUUACGUUUAAGAGUUAGUGUGCAUGUGUGCCUCAAACGCAAAGUGGACUGUGUGUGUGUGUGUGUGUCUAUGGUUUAAAUUUCAGAACAGUUCCAGGAGUCUGUUUUCAGGUAAGAUCAAAGGUGACAGUAUUUGGCUCCACCCACAUCCCCAUCUCACCUGGCAUUUACCUGCCCAUCUCGAACCCUAACAGUGCUCCAGGUUCUCUGCCCCACAACACAACCACGCCACUGAGUGGUAUAUCCUAACAAAAAUAUAAACGUGGCAUUAACAUUGUACAUUCAUAUACACCCUCGCCGUGAUGGGGAAGUUUUGGGGGCAGAGCUAGCUCACAAUGAAAACUUAUGUUCUUCAAAGGUAAAACACUGAUAGUAUAAAGCCAGAGAGUCCUCAAUUCCAUUUAAUAGCCCCGCCCACUUUGAGGUCCGUGAAGCUCAGAGACUGGUUCAUAACCCCUGUAUGUUAAAGAGCAGGACACACAAGCGCCUUCGUCCCGUACAGUUAGUCACAUUGUUUUUAUUCUACAUCGGUAUUUUUUCCCCUACAUGCGUCGCUAUACAUGGUUACCAUGGUUACCAUACCACCGGAACCCACGGCAGAAAAGAAAACGGCCGGAAAAAAAAGGAAAGAAAAA